AUGACGAGUCUUGAAGAUUUUGUGUCAGCUCUCAAUGAUUCAUUAACACCAUCUAGUUCUCCUCCUUGCGAGGCUCAAGUUGAGUGCACAGCUUCUUCAUUUGGUAAAACCUUCAUUGGUAACGUUGCUCAGAAAUUGCAGUGGUCUGAGGAUCAAAUUAAAAAUGCAGACCAACUUUUCACAAAUACAUUUUUCGCAUUAGCCUCAGUUAAUGGCCUUGUUACUGAAAAGGUUGAUCAAGCUGAUGUCCCUCAGCUUGUUUUCACAACAUCUGCACUUAUUACAUACAUCGAAUACCUCACAUAUAUGCUUAACACCUUAAAUCUCUUGAUAAAUGGCGUUCAAAAGCAAGCUGAAUUAGCAACUCAAAAUCAAAUCGAUCCAAACGCAUAUAUCGAGAGUGUAACAGCACUCCAUGAGUUCGCUCAGCUCACACAAUACGUUGUCGUCCACUACGAUACUGAAAUUCCAUUAACAAAGAACGCUAUUCAGGUUCCAGCGUUAGAUGAGCAGAUGAACACCGUUUUCUCCGCAAUUGUUCAGUUGUAUAACAUUGCUGGCGCAAUUUAUAACGAUAUUUCCCAGCAAAACGAUCCAAACACAAAUUACGCCCAAUUUAUGCAAUUAUACAACCAAAUCAGCCAAGUUGUUCCAGCUCUCGUCACCAUGAUUUCCCAGAUCAAGGAAUCUCUCUGCCAAACAAUCACUCCGAUCUAUUCUGAGCCAGAAUACAACGAUUUCCAACUUUUCCUCAAAGGAUUCACUAAAAACUCCGCCAUGUUGUACCUCAUCUCAACAAUCAUCGGAAUGUCGAAUACAAGCAGCUUCCACAUGACAAUUAGCGUUCUCAAGAUUUUAUCCGAACAAUUACACAUCAUUGACUCUAAGAUCACUCGUAUUCUUAGAUUCAGAGGCAACUUCGACACUACAGUCAAGGAAAUUCACCAAGCUUACCAAACAAUGAGCGAAAUUUUCAAACCUCUCCUUGAGAACUUGAUUCAGACAAUUCCAAUGGUCCAGGCAAGUUACCGCGAGGCAGCAGAGAAGUCCAUCGUCGAAUCUUUCCAGCUUGUCCAGAAAGAUUUCGCUGAUUUCAACGGAAAGUUCGAAAACCUUCUCGCAGCCAUCAAGAAGGACCGCAGAUUCUCUGUCUUCCAGAAUAUCGAUCUCAUUGGCAACAGCCCGAUUGUUACAGAGGCUCAGCAGUUAAUUCUUAACGCUGUUUCUCUUUCUACUCAAUUACUUAAGGACAAUGCAUCAACAGACGUAAUUGUUGCAUCAGUUCAGAGCAUUUAUGGCCAUUACCAGCAAUUUAUCAACUAUUUCAACAAUACAAUCGCUAAUGAACAAGAUACAUCCAACAAGAAGCGUUGGGCACGUCAGCGUGAUUACAUUAUACUAUCUCUCAACCAAUUCGUUGAGCAGUUCAAGCUUUUCACCACAAAUGCUGACAAUUUCUUGUUUAAGUCAUUAGCUGGUGCAUAUGCCGCCAAAUUUACACUUGCAACACUCGCAUUGGACGUCCAUCCACUCGUUGCACAGGAACUCCAAGCGAUGAGACAAGUUUUGAUUUCCGGUAUGAUCAAAUUCUUCAAGGCGAACCUCAAAGUCAUUUUGGAGUCUCUCUCGCUCUGCUACCAGCGCUCAGACGCUCUCGGGGAAGAUCAGAAGGCCCAAUUUGACGCAUUAUUCCCUGUUGUUAUGUCAACCUUCCAGGAAGCGACAACAAAGUUCCUCGCAACAACAGAUGAAAGCAAUCCAGACUCUUUCACACAAUGCCUUCAUCAAACAGACAGAAUUCACACAAUAUUAAAACCACUCGUUGACGUCAUUUCUGGAUGCGAAGAGCAGAGCCUUUCUGCUGCCAGAACACUUCUCAACACAGUCGAGGAUACAAUGUUCACUCUUAACAGAACAUUCAGAUUCCAUCUCCAGAUUUCGUUUGAAGAUGAGGCCAGAACAUUCGUUAUCUACAUGGGACCAUUCCUUGAUUGCGUUUCGAACCUCUUCGCCCUUCAAUCUGACGCUGUUUACCAAAGAUUCCUCCAGAACAAGAAGCCAAUUGAAUCGGCUCUCGAGGAACUCAAGGCCGACUUCGAAAACGCACCUCCACUUGGUUCUUUCGAGACAGAUUACACUAAUUCCCUCAUGGUCGGAUUCAAUAAGUGCCUUAGCUCCUGCAUGACCGUCAUUACAGAAGCCAAUCCACUCAUGAAGAACUCCGCCAACAACAAUGUCUUCAAGAAGUGCAACACAAUGCUCGUAUAUUGCAUCAACAACGCAAAGAACCUCUAUUCCUUCAGAACGGCCAUCGUUAUCGACAAUACAUGCCAAGUUCCAGGCGUUACAGGCUACAAGGUCAAGAAGAGCUGCAACGAUAUCGGUGUCAAAUUAAACGAACUCGUUCAGAAGCUCCAAUCCGAUCCAGCAUCAACACCACAAGUUGCCAACGAGAUUGCCAAGGAGCUUUACGAGAUGUACAACAUCCUUUCCCAGCAGCCAGAGACAAAGGAACAAGCGGAAAAGCUCAAACAACAAGCAUUGGCCAUCGAACAAUUGGUCACUUCAUAUUCCUUAGGCGACCAAUCUGUCACACAAAAACUCAUCGAAACAAUCCAGGAAAUCGGUGGCGCGAUCACAGGAUUGAACCAAGUUGGCGACCAAUUAGUUCAACAGGUCACAGAAUCCGCCAAACCACAGGAAGCACAGAAGACAGAGCAGUUCACAGCAGAACAAGCUGCACAGGCACUUGUCGAUACCGGAAAAGUUUUGGACGCGAAAGGAAACGAGAUUUCGGAAAUCAAGCAGAUUCCAAGCGAAAAAGAAGUCAACGACAUUUUCAUGCUCGUUAAUUCAUCCCAGGAUUACGAGAAAGUUCGCGGUCCAAUAUCAUCUGUUGUUGACACAUUGAAGAAGAAAGUCGAACAGUUCAGAGGCUUGGCCAAAGAAUACAACGAGAAUCCAUCACCAGAAUUACUCACAAAGAUGAAGACAAUUGCUAAAGAGAUCCAAGAAGCAUACGAUGUUAUCCAGAACGCAAAGAACUUCGCCGAAUCGAAGGCAACACCAGAAAACAUCGCUUCAUCAACACCAUCGGAGAAUUCCUCUCUCAACGAUGUCGCAAACUUCGCAUUCAUGUUACAGACACAAACAUUGGAAAGAUGCGGAGAUACUGCGGAAGGAAAAGUCCUUGGCCAGAUGAUAAACGAAGGUGUCAGACAGCACGCGAUGGGCGACAAACAAGGCCUCAUGAAAUUGCAAUUAGUUGCACUGGCAAACAACAAGGACAUGAAGGAAGUCGAGCACGAAAUCAUGGAAGACAUCAAACAAGCCGCAGAAAAGAACGAUGAACAGAAACUCCAAGAAUUACUACCAAAGUUAAUGUUGGCAGAUCAAAUCUACAAGGCAACAAAUCCAGCGACAUCCGCACAAUACGCAGCUUCUACAUCCCAGGCAAGAGAAUUCCUUCUCGCAAUCAUAGAGAAAGGAACAAUUUCCCCAGAAGAAAUGCCAAAAGUCAUCGAAGCUGUCGAAGUAUUCCAGGCAGCACUUUACGGUGGCGGAGCAGCUGCAACAGCUGAGAUCUCCGAUGCACAGUUAUCAGACACUGUCAUGGAUCUCAACCAGGACAUCACAACAUGUGUUUCAAAGACAAUCAACGAUCUCAAGAAAUUCUCAGCCAAAGAUGCCCAAUCUCUCAACACGCAGAUCAUAGAUUUGAAGCAGAAGUCAAUCUCAUUGACAUCAAACACUUUAGUUGCUGCAAUGAGAAGAGCUGCUGCAUUAAACAAAGACGAUGUAGAUGAUCUUUCCAAUGAAGUUGAGAAAUUACUCGAUAACCUCGCAAACUUCGAGAAAACAUCUGUUGAGAGUUUGUCAUCAUCAAACAAGAACACUGCAGUUAGAAAUGUUGGAAAGAUCCAGAGAGAAGUAACAAUCAAUAUCUCGACAAUCUCUGGAUUAUGCGACCAAUUCAUCGAAGUAGAACAGACACACGAAGAAUGCUACACAGGAGAUGCACUUCAUUUGAUGCUCGAUGUAUUGAGAUUGUCAGGUGUUUGCGAUGCCCCUGCUGCAUCUAAAGAAGCCGCAUUCAAACAAUCAAUGCCAAAGGUUGUUGAAACAUUCAAUGAAUUGAAGCAGAGAGCUACAAAGAUGCUUUCUGGAACAGAUGACUUCGAAACAGUCACAAAGAUGCUCACAGAGUUAGAACAGAAGUUCAACGGAUUCAAUGCUAAAACAAUGACAUUCAACGAUGUUAUUGAAUCCGUCAAAGCAGUGAAUGAGAUCAGACAGACAAUCGACACUGCUUUGAACACAGAAGUCAAGCCACAACCAGAAGUUGCCUCCAAACUUCCAUUCAGAUUCAACGCCAUUCCAUCAAAGACAUUCCAGCCUCGCCCUGUUGCAGACAUCAAGAAGGAUAUCGACAGAUCUUACGCUGUUCACGAGAAAGCACUCGAGAAACUUAACGAAGUACUUAAUAACACGAGAUCUGACGGUGAAACAAUCUUGGCCGCUCUCAACGAGUACCACGAGGCAGCGAACAGAUUGCUCACACACGCAGAGCACAUGAGAAAUUCCACAUGGAACCCUGCCUGCCAGAACAGACUCUUGACAUGCCACACGAACAUGGUCAGUGUCGGAGAUUCCGCAAUCGACGCAUGCCGCGCAAGAUUGCUCGGACAAGAGAACUGGAGACAGACAGUCAACGCGUUCAUCGAACAGGCAACAAACGCUGCAAAGACAGUUUCUGCGGCUGGACAGGACGCAUACGACACAGUUCAACAAGACUUGUCAGCAACAAACGAGGCAGAAAAGGAACUCAUCAUCGCUGCACAGAACAUCCAGAAGUCACAGGGAAGACUCAUGUCAUUCAAGUCACAGGCAGAAGACCAGAAAGUUCAACAAGGAGCAAACUACAUCGGUGUCGAAAUCAUCGAUGUUUCUGCACCAAUCUUGAACACAUCAGCAAAACUUAUCGAAGCAGCCCAGGCACAGAUGAAGUACUGCCUCGCAAGGAAGCCAAACUUGGACAACCAGACAGGUAUGAUCAACACGGCCAGAAACUUAGUCGAUUCAUUAGAUUUGAUCCUUGUUGCCGCGGAAGCAAUCGUCAACAAUGAUCCAGACGCGAUCAACAAAGUUUUGGCAGCAUGCAACAUCAUCUCAGGUGCAAUUGCACACUUCCAGGCUGAGUGCAGACAGAAGGAAGGUUCACCAGAACUUAAUGAUGUCAUCCAGAACAUCACAGACCAGAUCCAAGAGACAAUCAAACACGUCCGAAACUUCGGCGAGACAGCACAGAGGAAACAAGCAGAAGAAGCUUCCAAAGACGUCAAAACACCAACAAGAGCUCUCAACAAGAUGGUUGAGAAACUCAACGCAGAAGCCAAAGUCGUUGAAGCUAAACGUGCUCUUGAAGAAGCAGAAAACAGACUUAAACAAGCAAGGCAGAAGAAAUAA